AUGAUUGCUGGACCCAAUAAAUAUCACUUCCUAAAGGAACUAUCUGAGGACGAUUGUUGGUUAGUGUUUGCACAACAUGCAUUUGAGGAUAGAAGUAUGGAUGCAAAUCCAAAUUUGGUUGGUCAAAAAAUUAUCGGAAACUGUAAAGGCUUGCCUUUGGCUGCUAGGACACUCGGUGGCCUCCUACGGUGUAAAUUGACUGAGUAUGAAUGGGAUGGAGUGUUGAACAGUAAAAUAUGGGAGUUAUCAGAAGAGAGAAGUCAUAUCCUUCUGGCUUUGAGAUUAAGUUACUAUCACCUCCCUUCACAUUUGAAGAAGUGUUUUGCAUAUUGUUCCAUAUUGCCAAAGGAUGACGAGUUUGAGGAGAAAGAACUAGUUUUCUUGUGGAUGGCAGAAGGCUUAAUUCCAAAGAAAACUGGACAAAAGCAAAUGGAAGAUCUUGGGUGUGAGUACUUCAAAGAAUUGUUAUCGAGGCUGGAGGAUAAGUUGAAAGAGAGUGAUGGAGAUGAAAGUAUCAACAAGGCUUGA